CCGUUACAGAGGAUAGAGAAUGACGUGGAGCUGUUGGGGGAACACCUGUCCUUAGGGGCGGGUCUCCACUACCCCCCCGCAGCCCACCCCGGCCUGCCCCCCCACUCCACACAGCUCCACUUCCUUUCCCAUGAUCCACUGCCACAGGAGUUCUUUGGAGUGUCGUAUCCCAGCUUCAUACCACGACGUAUCCCAGGACGACGCUACCGCUCCCAGCAGCCACUGCCACCCUCGCCUUACCACCCCAGUUUCCUGCCUUACUUCCUCUCCAUGCUGCCAGUCCAGCCAACAGGCCCUGCCAUCAGCCUGGAGCUAGACGUAGAUGACGGAGAGGUGGAGAACUAUGAGGCCCUUCUCAACCUGGCUGAGCGUCUGGGAGAGGCCAAACUCAGAGGACUGACCAAGGGAGACAUUGAACAGCUGCCUUCCUAUAGGUUCAACCCCAACAACCACCAAUCAGAACAGACGCUGUGUGUGGUGUGUAUGAGUGACUUUGAGUCUCGUCAGCUGCUGCGGGUUCUACCCUGCAGUCAUGAGUUCCAUGGAAAGUGUGUGGACAAGUGGCUCAGGGCUAACAGYACGUGUCCCAUCUGUAGGGCUGAUGCCUCCGAGGUCCAGCGAGACUCGGAGUGACCAGCAGGGGGGACAACCACGCUGACAGUUGUAGCACUGCCCUCCAUCUCUCCUUUAGCGCUCUUGCCCUUCUGUCCUCUCUUUAUACUCAAACUCCAUUCCCACUGGUCCAGCACACACCCAUUGCAUCUCUCUAGCUCUGAAUGUCCUUCAGCUGGUGUGUGUGUGUGUGUGUGCGCAGGAACGUGUUUAUCUGUAUGAUUCCUGGCGUUGGUAUGUACAAGCUUUGAGUGUGUGUGUGUGUGUGUGUGUGUAUGAUACUGUAUUUUAGUGUCUCUGAUCGUGUGUGUGCUUAGACUUGGGUGUCCACACGGCCCUCUCCAUGUAGUUGACACGUGAAGGUCCAUGCCACUGCGCUGCCUCUCUGUAGAACUAGUUUCUGUUUGUUUUUGUUUAGUUUCUCUGCCUGGCUGUUUACCUCGUCAUUCCUGUUGCUCAUUGUUACCACGACAACACGCUUCACCGUAUUCCUCAGAAGUUUCUCUUCUAUUUCUCUUUAUUUUUGUUCCUUAUUAAAUAUGAUCAGUUUGUCUGACUGCAGUGGCACAUAUAUAUAUAUACUGUAUAAAUAUAUMAAUAUCUGUAUACCAAAUAAAAGGCUUGAUAUUAACUUUUUAAAAAUCACAUUUUGUACAGGUUAUUUUUUUUUUGUAUUAUYAGCUGUGGUGCAGUUAGGUUUGAUUGUGCUCAAUUGAUUUGUGUUCUGGAUGUGUUAGACUUUAGGUGGUGGUUCGUUAAUAAAAGACAUUAUACACUGA